ACUCUUCUGACAAUUCACAGACCGUGAAUCAUCCCCCUCUCCUAGCUGUUCUGGUCUCAUCUUAUCAUCUUAGAAAAAGGGCCACCUCCAAGCAAACAACUAUGAGUUUUGCUGUGAUCAUCAUAACUAUUGUUGUUAUUGUUGUUUCGUUUUUCAUUUCUCAACUACGGUCUAUGAAACCCUUUAGGUUUCUCCAAUCUGCAGGCUCUAACCGUGUAGAAUUGUCCUUGGUCACUACUAGUUCUUACAUGGACAUCAUCAGUCAUCUCCCCGAUGAUUUGCUCUUGCGAAUAUUGUCAUUCAACACGACAAAAGAUGCCAUACCCACAAGCCUUUUAUCCAAAAGGUGGCGUUCUCUUUGGACUUUAGCACCAGGACUUGGCUUUAAAGAUAGAAAUCAUAAUGAUAUUGCACAAUGGAUUCAUCUUGCAGUUAUUCGCCAUCUGCGUGAGCUGCGUAUCGAAACUCGCCCUUCCAAGCAAGUGUCUAUUGCUUUGCCGAGUACCCUGUAUACCUCCGAAACGCUCCAGAGACUGACACUCAUAAACUGCCUUCUUCUUGAUGUUCCUGCUCACGUCCUUAUCCCGUCUCUCAAAACUCUGAGCCUUAAGUUUGUCACCUGCUCAGUCACAGACAAGACGUCUCUACAAAGACUUUUAUCCGGUUGUCCAAACCUUGAAGAAUUGUCUGUGGAACAAGAUCUUAUAGACUUCAAUAUCGUGGUGCCUUCCUUACAAAGGCUACAUAUGUCUCAGCAAAGUUUUGAAUCACGUAGGCUGUACGUGCUAGAUGCUCCUUCUUUGAAGUACCUUAAGAUUACAGAUACUGUAAGUUGGAACCUUCGUCAAAUUGAAAACAUGCCUGAGCUGGUAAGAGCACAUGUUAAUAUUUGGGGAGGAGAUAGUACCCAAAGGUUUCUGAAAGCUCUUACUUCCGUCCGUCAUCUUACGCUAUCGAUGACAACUCCAAAGUUUGUGAAUCCCUCUGGUGUGAUCUUCAACCAGCUUGUCCAUCUAGUCUUGUGUACAUUUAGUGGACAUUGUUGGGAUCUAGUUAUUUGUAUGCUCCAAGAUUCUCCCAAACUAAGAUUCCUCAAACUCAUUGAUGAUGAGCUUGGCAUAUAUCUCUCUGGCAUAGAUAUCCCAACUGGUUGGAAGCAGCCGAGUUCUGUUCCAGAGUGUUUACUGCACAGUCUUGAGGCCUUUGAGUGGUUCGGGUACAGAGGAAGACAAGGAGAAAAAGAGAUGGCAACAUAUGUGCUAAAGAAUGCUACUUGUUUAAAGACGGCGACAUUUUCUCCGUUAUCAACUGAUUUGGGAGAGAAGUAUCAGAUGCUCAAGGAGUUGGCAUCUGUAGCUACAGCUUCUGCUUCGUGUCAGCUUCUUCUUGACUGA